AUGGAUGGAAAUUCAAAGUAUUAUGAAGGUUGCGGGCAGGAAGGGCCAAUACGGUGUAUAUUUUUGUGUGAAUUUCACCCGACAGCAGGGCCGAGGAUAACCUGCCAAGUGCCUGAAAACUACAUUUCUAAAGAUAUUUUCGAUACAGUCAGUCACUAUAUCAUUCCAAAAGUCCAGUUGCAGCGAAGCACUUUGACAGUAACAUUACUUGGAUCCAAAAUUUUAGGCUUUCCAGUAAGGAUAGACAAUAAGAAGUAUGCCCGUAAUGCAUAUUACUUUAACCUCUGCUUUGUGUGUGAUGCCUGGGCUAGGACUGUGCAUCUUGAACCGCUUGUAAAGAAACUUACAGAAUAUCUAUUGUCAAUGGAGCUGGAAACUGAAUGGUUAUCAAAACAAUCGCUAUCCGGUGAUGCGAAGGCUCUCAACACUCUGAUGCUGCAAGUCAUGCAGGACAUCAACAGCAGGAGAAUGUGCACAUUGACAGUUGGUACCACCACAACACAUUUGACGGUGGUUCGUCUGAACAGUGACCCAGCUCCUGUUAAAGACCACCAAGUACCUGUGUUCCUAUACAGUAGACAGUCAUUUGUUGCUGAUCAAUGGGACCUCACUACCAAUCAGAUCCUGCCUCAUAUCGAUGGUUUCAACCACGUGUCAAAGAUCGCAGCCCUAACGGACGUGGAGAUCAGUUUAGUACGAGCCUGUGUACAGAACCUGGUGUACUACGGAGUGGUCACGCUCGUGCCCAUCUUUCAAUACUGUGCUGUGUACAGUGCAACGCCCAAGUUGAGACAACUGACUCGUUGCGCGGGGCUACAGAGACAGUGUGUGGAGUUCUGUGCUAGAUCACCUCGUCAGCUUCCAAAAGUAUCGGAUCUGUUCCGUAUGUACGCGGGCAUGUCGUACGGGAGUACAGUGAGGGACCUGUGUCGGCGACUACGGCCGCAGGAACUCGCUAUCAACGAGAGGAAACUUGUGCUGUUUGGUGUACUGGAGGGGCUCAUACGGAGGGUCUAUAAGUACCCGGUGACUCUCCACAGCGAUAGUUCGUCCGCCCGUAGUGAGCACAGUUACACGGCCCGUACAUACAACGGAGUGGUCUGCCUCGACGAGCUGUGCUGCUCUCAAGGGCUCGCAGCCUCGCAGAUAGAGGAGCAGCUCGAGAGAGACAGUGACGUCAUCUUCAUCAUCAAGUGA